ACACUCCAUCCGAAUUGGAAUAAAAAACCAAAGAAAAGAAAGCUGUCAUGGCAAUUGGCAAGUGAUAAUAAUAGCAAACUAAUUAUACGUUUCUUUUCUUCCCCGUCUCAACUCAAUUCCAUUCUCUUCUCUGAGUCUCAACCUAAUUCCCCAUUCAUCCAUCUUUACGUGUUUGUUGGAUUCCAUGGCCAAAAGCUCCUUCAAGCUUGAACAUCCCUUGGAAAGAAGACAGGCUGAGUCUGCUCGCAUUAGAGACAAGUAUCCUGAUAGAAUACCUGUGAUUGUUGAGAAAGCGGAAAGAAGUGACAUCCCAGACAUCGAUAAGAAGAAGUACCUUGUCCCAGCGGAUUUGACUGUUGGUCAGUUUGUUUAUGUUGUCCGUAAAAGGAUUAAGGUCAGUGCGGAGAAGGCUAUUUUUGUUUUUAUCUACAACACUCUACCUCCAACUGCCGCUUUGAUGUCUUCUAUUUAUGAGGAAAAUAAGGACGAUGAUGGGUUUCUUUACAUGACAUACAGUGGAGAGAACACUUUCGGCUCCCACUAGGGUCCAAAUUUAUGAUAUACUCUGUAAAUAGAUGCUGCAAGAUGUAAACUUUCUGCUGUCGAUAGUCAAUGCCUAUCAUGUUUAUUGCUUAUGGUUUACGUAUCUAUUGAGCAGUUAUUUUGCUGCUUUGAUUAUGUGCAUUAUCUUUACAUUAUGGAUUUCAAUAUAUGAACUUAGAUUUUAUGCUCUCA